UCUCCGUCCCGGUCUCCCUGUCUCCGUCCCAGUUUGAUCCAGUCUCUCCGUCUCCGUCGCCGUCCCGGUCUCUCCGUCUCCGUCCCAGUUUGAUCCAGUCUCUCCGUCUCCGUCCCGGUCUCUCCGUCUCCGUCCCGGUCUCCCUGUCUCCGAGAGGCUGCUGAAGGACUUUGAGUCGCUCACUCAUCCCACCUGCACCUGCGUCCCCCGAGGACACCAACACCUGAUCCCGGUCCUCCCUGACAGCUGAUCUGACGAUGGAAAUGAAACUGGACGUGUCUCUACCUGUGCUGCUGUGUGCCAUCUGUCUCCUUGUCCGGCCGUCGUCCUCUACUCACCACCAGGAGUCAGCUUGCUUCUCCUCAGAUGACUCAAAGCUUCUCCAGGUGACAAUCCCCGCCGACCCGCCUGUGGCCGCGGUGCUGGGCGGCUCUCUGACGUUACCCUGCCUGGUGUCUCUGGCGCACCCGCCGCCGUCGCCCUCCACCAACGGCCGCCACGCCGUGCUGUCCCUCCCGCGGGUCAAGUGGAGCGUGCUGACUCACGGACGAGAGGCGGAGAUCCUGGUGGCCCGCGGCGACAGGGUGAGAGUCAGCGAGGCGUACAAGGACCGGGCCUCGCUGCUCCACUACUCUGCGUCCCCCGCCGACCUCACGCUGCGGCUGGACAGCCUGAGGCAGAACGACACCGGCUUCUACCGCUGCGAGGUGCAGCAGGGCCUGGAGGACGCCGACGACGUGGUUCACGUCAAAGUCAAAGGGGUUGUGUUUCAUUAUCGUGCUGCAUCCAGCCGCUACGCCUUUACCUUUGAGCAAGCCAGAGAUGCCUGUGAGGAGAUCGGGGCUCAGAUGGCCAGUCCGGAGCAGCUCCUGGCCGCCUACCACAGCGGCUACGAGCAGUGUGACGCCGGCUGGCUCUCAGACCACUCGGUGAGAUACCCCAUCCAGAUGCCAAGAGAGGGCUGUUUUGGGGACAUGGAUGCAUUGCCGGGAGUGAGGAACUAUGGACUGUUAGAGCCUGACGAGCUGUAUGACGUCUACUGCUACGUGGAGAAUGUUGAUGGUGAGGUGUUUCAUGGCUCCGCCCCCCAGCACUUUACCUUCUCGGAGGCCAAGGCCUACUGUCUGAGUCACGGGGCUGAACUGGUUACCACCGCUCAGCUGUACGCAGCCUGGAACGACGGACUGAACCUCUGCAGUCCGGGCUGGCUGGCAGAUGGGAGCGUGCGCUACCCCAUCGUCACCCCCAGGGAGCGCUGUGGAGGCGGCGAACCCGGGGUCAGAACUGUCUAUCGCUACAGCAACCAGACGGGCUUCCCCGAGGUUCACACUCGACACGAUGUCUACUGCCUCAAACGCAAUGACGCCGCUUACACAGAAUCUCAUCAGGAUUUCCUCGCCACUGAACCAGAGAACAUUGGCCAGGACGUUGUUUUCUUAACGAAUCCCGUAGAGGAGGACUUCGACUGGGGCGAGGCGACGGCAAAGAUGGGCGAAGAGGUCCAGCGUGCCCACACGGCCAACCCUGUACAGCAGAGUCACGUGGAGGCCCAGGCCGUCACGUUGACUUAUGACAAGCAACCAUUCACGAUAGACCUUCACGAGUCUCUCACUCCUCCAUCUGAGCAUCAAGAGCCCUUGUCCACAGAGAAAGGUACCUGGGACGUCCUUGAAAAGGCCAGCCACACACAGAACUAUCAGCCAGCAUUGGAAGACAACCAAGAUGAAGAUCAUGACACAACUUCUGCAACAACUUCUCCAAAGGCAGGUGGUGUCGUGGCAGUUGACGAAGACUCCACUUUACCCACAAAUGAUCCAACACUUCCAGCGAGCGCGGAGCCCUCAGAGCAUCAUGUCUCUGUGACUGAAAGCCUGGGUACGACAGCUGUUUAUGCAACAUCGGGAGCUGAUGCAACCGAGCUCCUUAGCAGCAGUUCGGAGGUUCCUCAGGAGGGCGACCUUCCUGUUCUACAAGAGGAACACACAACAGAGGCUCACCUGGAUCUCACUUUUGAAGCCCCGCACGUCUACUCAAGCACAUCUUACGAGGUUUCUGGACAGCCAGAAAAGGACAGCGCUAGUUCUGCCGUGGAGAUAGCAACGGUGACUUCUUUAACGCAAACCGAGGAAACCGCUUACUCAACCGCCCCGCUGCUGCCGGCUUUUGAUCACAGUACGCUUGAGAACUAUCAUGAAGAAGGGGAGUCUGGGGAGGGGAGUGUAAACCCUCUUCUAGAUGAGGCGACACAAACCUCAGUGACUCAAAGUUUGGCGGACUCCUCUGCCCCCUCUGAACUGGUCCCUACGUCUGAUUCAGGUUAUGAUCACACUGCAGAGCCCUUGAGUGUAACCGCGGCGCCGUCCACCCCGGUCCAGCAUGAUGAUGAUGAGGACUACAGUAGCUCUUCACAGGAGACCGUUUCACAUGAUCCAACCGACCACAGUGGACGUGUUAACCCUGCAAUAACCCUGACAGCAGAGGUCUUCACAGUUACAGAAGACUCCAGUGUAAACACCCCGGUCCUGAACAGUGAUCCCAUCACCUUGUUGUCUGUAACCCUGCCUCUUCCUUCUGUGGAGGUUGAAGCCAGCUCCCCAGAGAUUAUAACCUUCACACCCGAAAGCAACACUCCAUCUGGGGCCGGACCUCUGGACGUCAUCCAGGACCAACUACAGGAGGUAUUGGGAGGAAGCCCGGAGGUUUUCUUUAACAAAACCCAACAUAGCAUAGACAGCGAUCUGGAGGGGAGGGAACAAGACUCCAGAGAUGGGUUGGGGGAAUCUUCAGGAGGAAGCGGCGAGCUGACAAAUCCGACUCUGUCAACGGACCACAUGUCUGAGAGAACGGGCGGCUGGGAUGCCACUGAUGCACCUCCUCCAGCAGAUGUCAAACUCACGCCGAUCCCUCAUGUGACCCUCACACGGGGCUGGGAACAGGAGGCUUCUUCUUCUUCUUCUUCUUCGUCCUCCACAGCGCAGGAGUCUCGCUCAGAUCUGGAGUACAGCGCCGAGCCUCCUGGGUCCGACGGAUCUGAAGACGUCUCCAAGGAGCCAGAAGUCGUCACUGAGAUCCCCACAAGCGGCAUCACUGAACAUGGAUCAUUGGACCGAGGUGCGGGGAAGACCAGCUCGGAGGAUCCUUCAGUUAAAGUGUGCACAUGGCACCCGGAUGAUGGGGAGGAACCACUCGGUCCGACGCGCAGCAGCGACAGCAGUGAUGGGCCAAUCACGGCUCCCACAGCGCUACCGGAGCACUCUGCCAUGGCUGCCAGAGUCUCUGCUGCAGGACCAGGAGGCAUUUCAGCUGCAGACUCCUGCCUGGAGAACCCGUGUUUGAACGGAGGCACCUGUGUCGACGGGGAACCACCGAGCUGCUUGUGCUUGCACGGUUACGGAGGAGACUUGUGCCAGAAAGACCUGGAGGUGUGUGAGCCCGGCUGGGAGAAGUUUCACAGCUUCUGUUAUCAUCACUUCUCCAAGCGGCAGAGCUGGGAGGCGGCGGAGCAGCACUGCCGCAUGUGUGGCGGACAUCUUCUGUCUGUCAUGACCCCCGAGGAGCAGGACUACAUCAAUGACAGAUACAGAGAGUAUCAGUGGAUUGGACUGAAUGACCGAACCAUCGAGGGAGACUUCCGCUGGUCGGACGGAAAUCCUCUGCUCUACGAGAACUGGUUCAGAGGGCAGCCGGACAGCUACUUCCUGUCAGGCGAGGACUGUGCGGUGAUGGUGUGGCACGACGGCGGCCGCUGGAGCGACGUGCCGUGCAACUACCACCUCUCCUAUACCUGCAAGAAGGGCGUCUCAUCGUGUGGGGAGCCCCCCAAAGCUCCCAACGCUAAGGUGUUUGGGAAGAAGCGGUUGCGUUACGAGACCAACACCAGGGUGCGGUACUACUGCGAGGACGGCUUUGUGCAGAAACUGAACCCUGUGAUCAAGUGCCUGCCCAGCGGCCGAUGGGAAGAGCCUCUGAUCACCUGCAUCCCAACCCAUUUAAAGGAAGAAGACUCAGUGACGUCCCUUCCUCUCCAGCAUGAGGAGGUCCUGAGCACGGCUGCAGAGGAAGCAGCGCCGCUCUUCUGGGACAUUAAGUGGAACGUCUGAAGCCACUCUGCCUUUCUUUUUCUUUAAAAAAAAAUCUAUAUUUAUCUCCACUUUUCCCCAUUUUCUUGUGUCUCAAAAGACUUUCCAGACCAGUUUCUGCAUUACAGUAAGUUAAACUGUAGAAAUCUAAUCUUUCAUAUUAAAAUCAACUCAAGGUCACAGUUCCUACAGUCAUAGAGAAAUCUGGAAAACGUGCUUUAAUCCAAAUACUUGUUUUUCAGUAAAGCGAUGCAUGUUGUAAAGGUUAUGGCAGCUUAAAGUGGAUUUGGACAAAACCUACUGUAAAAACAUGAAAGCCUCUUAAUUUAGAGAUUCCUAAAAAAAAAUGCCACCCAAAACAACUUUCAUAUGAAGCAGUUAAAUCAAGAGAUAACCCCAAGCACUCAACAGUGGGGUUUUAUCUGUCUUCCUUUAAUUUCUAUUCUUUUUAAUUUUUACAUAUCCGGACACUUUGUAAGACACUCUCUUAUCUUAUGUCUUUCACACAGAAGGACACCUUUAUGCAGUAGGACAUGUUUCAUGUGAGACGGUCAUAUAAACGACCAACAAAAUGCAUAUGAACCCUGAAGUUGUCUUUAUAGAAACUCAUUUAAUAACAUCACAGUAUGUUAAUAUUUCAGAGACACUUCUUAUUAAUCCCAUUAAUGUAUCAGUAUGUAAGACCCUAAAUAAACCAAAUUAAAUAACA